UUGCUCAACCCAAAUACUCAACAAAUAUUUAUGUGAAAACUAAAAUUUUAUUUUGCAAGAAAAAAUUCAACAUUUACAGUAUAACAGAGGCAGUGCCUCAGAAUACGUUGAUUGUACAUGGUGUCGCUGAUAAAAUUUGCUAAAAAUAUUUAAAUUUAGUAAACAAUAUAAUAAUAUUUGCGUAAAUUAAAAAAAAAGUUAUCUACAAACGUAUGCAUAAUUAGUCAAACAGCAAACAUAAAUAAAGGUAAUUAAGAUAAAAAGACAAAUAUUGUCGUCAGAUAAAAGGAAUAUAUUACACAUAAACGAAAAAAUAAAUAAAUAAAUACCAUAAACAAUAGAAAAAAUGUUGUUAAACAAAGUAAAAAAUAAAUAAAUUUUUUUCAAUGAUUAUGCAGUGUCCAGUAAAAAAUUUUAAACUUUAAAGGAAAAAAUAUUUAUUUAAAAUAAAAAACAUAAAAAUUAUUUAAAAGUAAUUAAAAACUACGGUAAGAGAUGACGGUUUUGCCGGAGUCGCCCACAGCACCAAUCAUACCACAAGCUGUACCAAUAACGCCGCUCAUACCUCUCGCGCCGCUGACUCCGGUUGCAUCUUUUUCACCACUCAAUGAGGAAAGCCCAACAACGCCGCACUUGAAUUCCGGCAUAAGCCGUAGCAGUUCACAGCAAAAUGCCAUCGACACUGACAGUGGCAAAAGCAGCUGCAGUCCAGCGCUGCUUGACCGCAGCUUUGACAGUGGCAUUGGCGUCGAGGUGCACGAUUUGCAAUUGCGCAAACGUCUGCAACAAUGCAAGAGGAUAUUGCUGGCAUUGGAGCGCGAUAAGGACGCCUUUCGAAAGUUACGUGAACGUUUGAAUAAAAUAGUUGAUAAGAAAAAUCAAAAAUCUAUAAAGCAAGAUGAAGAUGAAGUACAACAACAAUUUUGCAAUGUUUGCUGUACAGAAAUACAAAGUGAAGAUACAAAAAGUUAUGUUAAGUGUUGUACUUGUAAUAAAAGUGUCUGCCGUGACAUUAAAUGUGCUGAUUGGUUGCCAAAAAGUGCUGAGUGGGAAUGUCAAUUGUGCCAUUCAUCCAAAGAAUCGAUGGCACAAACUUCAUCAUGGGUAGCCGAACAAAUGUCUUUCAAUCAGCAAAAAUAUGUCUAUCCAAUGCGUGCCAGAAGUGAAAUUUAUAUACCAAUUACUGAUUGCACUGAAGGUUCUAUGCAAUUUGAAAGCGUUAGUCAAAUUGGCGCUAAUUGCAAUACUAUAAACGCCGAACAAAAAAUUAAAAUACGUGAAUAUGUUGAAGAAUUAGUCGCAAGCAUGUUAGGUGGCUCCUUGGAUAAAAUAUCAGUAAUGCAAAUGUCAAAAAGUGAAAAUUAUCUUCAACUUUUUGAGAAAUAUCACUCAAUAUUGAGUAAUAUUUUAAAAAAUAUGGAAAAUUCGUUGUGCUUAAAAAUGCUCAAUGGAGGUGAUUUGCCCGGAGUUAUUAGUGAUCACAACAACCAAAGACUAAAUUCCAGCCAUAACAAUAAUCAGAAUGAUUUUUCCGAAAUAUCACAGAUGCGUCUGCGGCAGCUAAUUGAAACUAUAUUAGCUGAAACAUUACGUACACCAAUCUUAAGCUCUAGUGCGGUCUCAGAAAUUGCACUAGACACCCAUAGCAAUGCAGAAACAAUACCGUAUUCUAACGGUGAUGUCAAAAUGAACUCCCGUCGUCACCGAACCGAACACUAUUUUGAACCAAAAGCCUAUCAAGAUUUAUUGGCUACUGCUGUGCUCAACAAGAUUGUUGAUAAACAAGGAAAUACAAGAUUAUUUUCGGAAAGUUCACCAGAUUUAAGUGCCAAUAAUAUUGAUGAAAACUUUAACAUCGAAGAAAAUAGUAUAUCUUCAUGCAGUUCAGUCGAACCACGAAGUGAAUGCAGCUACACCGACAAUGAACAAAUACUCAAAAACAAUAAGGUUGAUAAAUCGCAACAACAUAAAAAUCUCGACAAUUCACUGGGACGUGAAUCAGCUUUGAGCGAUUAUGUUGCGAACCACACAGUACCAUUACCUGACUUUUCUGCGCCGCCAACAGAAUCUGAAGAGGAUGACUUUGUUUCGGUGACCUCUAGUAAGAUUGGUGAUGCCACCUGGGAAGAUAACUGGCUUUUUAGAAAGAAACGCUCAUCAUUGAGUAAUUCUACUUCAACAACUGGAUGUGGUAUGUUAGUACCUGCACCCACAGAAGAUAUACGUGCUCAAAUUGGUGAUAAAACAGCUGAUGAAAUCAGUGAUCUUUCAGAAUUUGGUUCAGACACUGAUGACUCAUCAAUAGAUUUACUGCAUACUAAAUCAGUAAAUAAUCGUGUAUUGAAUAAACAUGUUAUCGGUGGUGAAAAUACAAAAAUGGCACUUGAUGAACUAAUAGAAUGUGCUAGCAUAGUUUCAGGCACACUAAUAGAAGAAACCGAGCCCACAUAUACUGAAACAAAAAAUGAACAGAUUACACAAAUUCUAUCGACGAAAAUGGAGACUUUCAAUGAGCACGUGAAUAAUGUAUCAAGCACAAAAGGUGAAGAACUAAAAUUAGCAGACCAAAUUGAGUGUGAACCCAUAUCAGUCAUACAUGGAAUACCAAUCGAGCUUCCAGUAGAAUCACAAAAUGUCAUUUCCAAUCGAAGGAAUCAAGUAUCUUUGCAUGAUAAAAGAAACGACUUUGAGCUGUCGUUUAUGUUUUCAGACUUAAAUCAAAUCGACUUGUGUGAAUCGACUGAUUACACUGGAUAUAGUACAAUAGAAAUUUUUGAUGCAGAUCCAAGUGAUAAUGCAUGUGAAGAAACUGAACCUCGGGGUCCUUCAGUUAUAGAAAUUCUUGCUGCAAUAGCACUUGGACCUAUGAUUGCCAUACCUGCUGCGGAACAGGAAACCGUAUUAACGCCGAAUGAAAUUGCAUCUUUAAAGGAACUAAGCGAUUUAGCUUUAUCUGAAAUAAAUUCACGUUCGACAGAAAGAGUGCACCAUACACUAGGUGUAAUUCAAGAGGAAAUGUCCGAUGACGAAUGCCAAAAAGAAUACAUAAAAGAAAGCAAGCAUCUGUUAUCCCUAAGUGAACUAAGUUCAUUUACAUCAAAAACAAACAUAUUUAUCGAAGAUCAACCAGUUUCUGAAGAGAAUGUUCAGCUGCCCAAAUACCAAAAUAUAAAUACCGCAGUUACAAAUACAGUUUUAGAGGUACAAUGUGAAGAUGCUGAAUUACUGUCUACUUCAUCAACAACUGAUAAUGUAAUAUGUGUGCAAUCUCUUACUGCCGAAAAUGUAUCUCAUAGUAAAGAAGUACAAAACUCAAAGGGGCUCGUUGCAAUUGAAAUAGAAACAACAAUCCCCAAAUCUGAUAUUAAUGAAAUCUGUGAAAAAAAUAACAUGAAAGAAUCAAAUGUAUUAGUUCAGAAUACAGUUGCAGAAGUACAAUGUGAAGAAAUUGAAUUAGUUUCCUCAUUAACAACAACAGAAAACGUAACACAUAUUCAAUCUCCUUCCGAGGAAAAUAUAUCUAAUGCUAAAGAACUACAAAAUUCACUGAAACUCAUUGUAACUGAAAGUGAACCACAAACAAACCAAAUUGAUAAAGCUGCAUCAAAUAACAGAGUAGAAGAAGACAACAUAAUUUGCACAGAAGAUGUUCCUGUAGUAACUUCUGAACCGACAAUAAUAUGUGAAUCAAAUGAAUUAAUACCAGAUACAGUUGCGAAAGUACAAUGUGAAGAAAUUGAAUUAGUAUCUUCUUUACCAACAACAGAUAAUGAAACAUGUAUUGCACCUGCUUCCGAGGAAAAUGUAUUAAACGUUGAAGAACUACAGAACUCACCGGAGCUCACUGCAUCUAAAACUGAACCACCAAUAAACCAAAUUGAUAUAACUGAAACAAAUAACUCAGUGGAAGAAGAAAAUCUUAUUUGCUCAGAAGAUGUUCCUGUAGUAACCUCUGAACCGACAAUAAUCUGUGAAUCAAAUAAUGCAACAGAAUCAAAUGAAUUAGUAUCAGAUACAGUUGUGGAAGUACAAUGCGAGAAAAUGUAUUAA